CCUCCCUUGUUCAUUCACAUCUCCCUCUCCAAGCGGCAGAGGCAGAAAGAGUCGGUCGGGCAAAGGGGCAGUGGCAUUUGCUGAAGCAGCUCGUCCCUCUUUCCCUCCCUCUCACCUAUUCUCUCUCUCUCUGUCUUCUCCUCCGCCUCACCUUUACUUUCCUUCACUUGAGCAGGCUCUUGAGAACCCUGCUGUUUUGCCGGCUUGCUGUCCCUGUCUCUGGACAAGUCUUCUUUUCAACCUCCACCUGAACAGGACUAGGGGAGCCAGAUCGCCUUUCCACAGCUUGUGCAUGCAGAUCCAUCUCCGGUGGUUAUGUUUCAUCCACUUUUAACGGUGACCUUUAACCCCAGACAGAAAUCCUCUUAAGUGCUCCUGAAGUCUGGAUUGUUGUGGGUGUUGGCAGGAGUUCAGGAGUUUGAAGUGGUGGUGUACUUUUUUGUGGGAUCUGGGAUCCAGCCUAUCUGACAGGACUUUGACUCAGGCUGCCAUCCCCAGACUCUCGAUAUGAGGAUUCUACGAGGUCUGGAGAGGAGCAGUGGAGGUGGCAUCAUGGCCCUGGUGCGGACCUCCCUACAGAAGGUGAUGCUCUUCCUGCACCAGCUCCAGGUGAUGGCCGUCACGUCUCCACGCUAUCAGAGACUCUGCAAGGACAUGCAAGCUGACAUAGACGCCAAUGAUGACAUCAUCAAGGACGGAACAAAUGGAUUACAGACACACACCAGCCCACAGCAGCCAGACGAUGGACUACAGACACACACCAGCUCACAGCAGCCAGACGAUGGACUACAGACACACACCAGCCCACAGCAGCCAGGCGAUGGACUACAGACACACACCAGCCCACAGCAGCCAGACGAUGGACUACAGACACACACCAGCCCACAGCAGCCAGGCGAUGGCUGCAAGGACAGCACCUCCAGCAGCAGAGUGCAGCCGGAGGGUGGCGUGGAGAAGUGGGCGGGACUGAUGGCCGUUCUUGAGGAGCUGUGGGCGUGGCUGAAGCUGAAGGACGAGGAGCUGAUUGGUCAGAGACUCUCAGGCGAGACUGCUCCGGGGCAGCAGCAGCAGGACCCAUGGAAGAGUUUACUCACUCCAAGAGACCAGGACACUGACAGCUCGAGAGAAAAGGUGUGGCUGUCUCUGACAGCUUUGCCCGCACAGGCUGAGGAUGGACUAACCGGUGGCCAGCCAAGUCCAGAUGUUGUUGUUGAGGAGCGCCCCCUGUGGACGACCAGGGCAGCGCAGGAGCAAGAGGCCUCCCUGGAGCAGGAACAGGGCUGGCAGAAGCAGCUGCACUGGGCUCUGGCCAGGCUUCAGGAGCUCCAGGAUGCGGUGGAUCGGUUGCAACAGAACCUGGCUGAGGGAGAGGAGGCAGGAGGGGGAGAGGGUCACCCCACAAGGGUCUCACCCACUGACCCAAAACUGGAACACUGGGAACAGUCCACUGGAGAUGUGGAGGGUUCUGACCCAAUUAGUCACGUAAUGCAAGCAGUGAGGAAGAAUCCUGCACUUACCAUUCAGCUGACCCCUGGGACGUCUAUAGAACUGCACAACUUGAGCACAUGCUGGAAAGCCCUUCCGGGAGAAAAUGGAAAUGGACCCAUUAGGCCUCUGCAGCCGACACCCUUGUCCCAGGAGUUCCUGUCCACUUCGGUGCAGUUCCCAUGGCAACGGGCAGUCACCCAGAACAACGUACCAUAUUACAUCAAUCAUGAGCUACAGACCACCACUUGGGACCAUCCAAAAGUGACACAGCUGUUCCACUCUAUGGCUGAUCUGAACCACGUGAGGUUUUCCGCCUACCGAACAGCAAUGAAGACACGCAGGCUGCAGAAGGCCCUGUGCUUGGACCUGUUAGACCUGGGCAUGGCCCAAAGUGUCUUUGACCAGCACCAGCUGACCCAGAACGGAGAGUUCCUGGAUGUAUCUGACAUUGUGAGUUGUCUGGGGUCCAUCUACAGCAGGCUGGAACAGAAGCAUCCUGACCUGGUCAACAUGCCCCUCUGUGUGGACAUGUGCCUAAACUGGCUGCUGAACGUCUAUGACAUAGGAAGAAGUGGGAAGGUGCGGGCGCUGUCCAUGAAGAUCGGUCUCCUUUCGCUCUCCAAAGGACACCUGGAGGAUAAGUACAAAUACCUCUUCUGUCAGGUGGUGGCCCCGGGGGAAUCAUGUGACCAGCGGGGGCUGGCCCUGCUCCUGAGCGCCUCCCUCCAGAUCCCGCAGCAGCUAGACGAGGCGUCCGCCUUCGGAGAGGGCAACGUGGAGCCCAGCGUCCGCAGCUGCCUCCAGCUGGUGGGCAGUGAUGGGGAAAUUGACCUGGAGCAGUUUGUGGACUGGAUGCAGCUGGAGCCCCAGGCCAUGGUGUGGCUGCCGGUGCUCCACCGGGUGGUGUCAGCCGAGAGCGCUCGGCACCAGGCCCGCUGCAACAUCUGCAGGGAGUGCCCCAUGCUGGGCUUCAGGUAUCGCAGCCUGAAGCACUUUAACUAUGAUGUGUGCCAAAACUGUUUCUUCUCGGGAAGGACAGCAAAGGGACAUAAGCUGACCUACCCCAUGGUGGAGUACUGUACCCCAACCACUUCUGGAGAGGAUGUGCGUGACUUCACCAAAGUGCUGAAGAACAAGUUUCGAUCAAAGAAGUACUUUGCCAAGCACCCACGGCUGGGCUACCUGCCAGUGCAUCUUUUCCUGGAGGAGGACAGUAUGGACAUGCCAGUCCCUCUUCUCAGCAUGUGCCCAGAACAGUACGAGAUGGCUCCGAGAGCGGGCUGGGAUCGUGCUGUCUCUGUGGAGUCCGCCUCAGCCACGGGAGCAGGAGGGGGGUUUCAGGAGCACGAGUUUAUCCUACCAGAGACGCACACUGCCAGCACGUCCUGCAGUCCCCUCCGCCCACAGCAAGGUGACCACCACAAACCCGGCCUCAGCUCCAGCCCCGUCAAAGGUCAAGCCAUACAGAGGAGCGAGAUGCCCGAGGAACCAGAUGGGCUCAUGUCUGCCCAGGAAGAGGAGAGUUGUUAAUACAAGUCGAGCUGAGUUCUAGAAUGUUCCUGAGCGCAAAUCGUUCCGUUGCCAUUUUCGGAUGGAUUUAUUGAACUAACAGACAGCAAGGUCAUCCAGGACAAGUGACUCUGAGGUGUAAAGAGAGUGCAUUAAAGUCAACAUCAACUACGCAAACCCAGACUGUUGUGGUGUGUUGUGACGUCAAGUUUAACUGUGUUUGGUAAUGAUGAGCAUUGGAAUUCUACUGAAGUUCUCUGUUACCACCCAAUAAAGCAGUAGCCUCCCCAGCUAGCAGUCUUAGCCACUGCACAUGACUUCCCCAGAACUGGAGGAGAAUGUAAAGUAUGGGCACAUAUCCCUCAUGACUGCCUGUCUAAUCAGCACAUACACUUUGUUUUCUCAUUGAGCACUAGAAAAUAAACCUCUCAUACAGUCA